AUGGCAUUAUACCAGAGAGUAGCGGUGAUUGGCGGUGGCCCGGCUGGUCUUGCGGCUGCAAAGGCAUUGGUGCUUGAACCGGCGAAUUUCAGUAUAGAUUUGUUUGAACGGAGGGACAAUAUUGGUGGUCUCUGGUACUAUGGAGGUGACAAGUCUAAGGUGUUACCUUCGGUGCCUUCGGUGGGACCAGACGCCCAUGAAGUGUUGGACCCACAUGGAGGGUUUGAAAACCGCUUCUUCUCGCCAAUGUAUGAUCAGCUUGAGACUAAUAUCAUCAGUCGCUUGAUGAAGUAUAACCGUGUUAGUGGAGAGCGAUUCACCACUGAUGUUAAGGAGUACCCAGGGAGAAGUGAGGUUCUUGAUUACGUUCACAAGUAUAAAGAGACGAUUCCAGAUGGCGUGAAUUACCAUUUCAAUAGAAACAUCACGCUGGUGUCAAAGAAGAACGGUGAAUGGACACUUGUGGUGGAGGACUCCAAGUCGUUGGAGAAAGAAUCGAAAAAGUACGACGCUGUUGUUCUUGCUAACGGACAUUUUGAAAUUCCGUUUAUUCCUGAUGUUCCAGGGUUGGCAGAUUGGGCUAAACAGAGUCCCCAUUCGGUCAUUCACGCCAAGUACUUUGUGGAUGGUGCUCCGUUCCGAGACCAGAACGUCAUUGUUGUGGGUGGUCUUACUAGUGGCAUUGAUUUAUCUACGCAAAUUAGCACUGUGGCUAGAAAUACCUAUGUGAGCGUUAAAGACGAUCCAAAAGACCAUCAAAACAAGAACGAAGCGGUCACUGUGCUUCCUCUCAUAACCCUGUACGAUUACCCUAGCAGGACGGUGAAACUAGUUGAUGGUCGAGUGAUAACAGACAUUGACAGUAUCGUAUUCUGUACGGGAUACUUGUAUUCAUACCCGUUCUUGAAGGAUUAUUUGCCAAAUGUUACAGACGGUUUCCAAGUUAAAGAUAUAUAUCUACAACUCUUUAACGUGGAUGAUCCAUCGCUUGCUUUCGUUGCGUUGCCCAAAGAUGUGGUUCCUAUGCCCUUGUCUGAAGCCCAGAUGGCCAUUGUUGCUAGAGUUUUCAGUGGCAGAUUAAAGCUUCCUAGCCGUGACAAACGAAGGGAAGCCUACGAACAGGAGUUGGAGGAAAAGGGUCCAGGAAAGCCGUUCCACUCUCUCAAAACACCAAGGGACGUUAAGUAUUGCAAGCACUUGUACAACUGGAUUGCUGACGAAGGGCUUGCAGAAGAGGGCUUGGUUCCAUCUUCUUGGGGUGAUCAAAGAGUGGCAGACCGUAAAAAUACGAAAGCUGAUAAAGAGGCAAGGUUAGAAGUUGUCUUAAAACACGCUGCAAAGCUUAGAAAAGACCAUCUUGUGUUCAAGCUACCAGAGCGUGAAGAUGAACUUCAGGACGUUUUGUCCUCCUUGGGCUUAUGGAACAAGCACGCUAAGUUGUUGUUCUUGGGUUUGGACAACGCUGGUAAGACCACCUUGUUGCACAUGUUGAAGAACGACAGAUUGGCGACCUUGCAGCCAACUUUACAUCCAACUUCCGAAGAGUUGGCCAUCGGUAACGUCAGAUUCACCACCUUCGAUUUGGGUGGUCACCAGCAGGCUCGUCGUUUGUGGAAGGACUACUUCCCUGAGGUGAACGGUAUCGUUUUCUUGGUUGAUGCCGCUGACCCAGAGAGAUUGGCCGAGUCUAGAGCUGAAUUGGAGUCUUUGUUCAAGAUUGAAGAGUUGAACAAUGUUCCAUUCUUGAUCUUGGGUAACAAGAUUGACUCCAGCGAGGCUGUUAACGAGACCGAGUUGAAGACUGCCUUGGGCUUGUACGGUACCACCGGUAAGGACGUGGGCAAGUUGGCUGAGAACGUGAGACCUAUCGAGGUCUUCAUGGUCUCUGUGGUGAUGAGAAUGGGCUACGGUGAAGGUUUCAAGUGGUUGUCCCAAUACAUCUAA